AUGACAUCCUCCAUCGUGGAGGCAUUGGCGAAUGUUCAACCACCAGAAACACCAGACAGCGAAGAUCAUGACAUCGAAAACGAGACCCAAGAAUCACCACAACCUACAAACGAACCUUCCCUAGACGACCCCCAAAUCGGAAAGCCCAUAUCUCAUGGCCAAAUUGUCGACCUUUGGAAGCGCUCCAAAGCACAAGACGAUGCAAACUACACUCUAGAACAACUCCUUCGCGGCGCAUCCGUCUACAUCCCUCCUCCACCACCUAAACCCGAACCUCUAACCAAGUGCAGUCUCCCGAAUACAAAGCCCUCAUGGCCCGUCUUCGCCGCCAAGAAGAAGCCCGCUCCUACGAACGAAUGA